AUGAUGUGUAAAGAUGCUCAUAUCUGUGUUGCUGUCCUCUUCAUAUGUUUAGCGCCCUAUAGAGCAAUCGCAGGUAAGGGAGAAAAUUGAAUUGUCUCUCAAAACUCAAAAUCUAUGCGGGAAUAAUGCAAUAAAAACGUAUUUCUUAGCUUCUUUAAGCCAGGCAUCGGGAACGUUCAAGAUUUCUGACAGCAGUGUUCAGGGUAAAGGAACAUACUACAUGUCGAACAGUUCGGCAGAGAUAGGAUUAAAACUGGUGAUAGGGAUGCCAUUGCACACAUCAAAGGAUAAGGCAACUGCUAUCAUCACAUCUCUUCCCUCAAGCAAAGUUAGUCCCUCAGGUUUGCCAGUAAAGAGUAAAGCGAAAAGGCCUGGAAAUUUUCUAACACCAAAAGGUAAGCAGGAGAAAGAAAUGAAUCCUUAGCUAUAAAGAUACAUAUAAUUUAUUUAUGCUCGAAAUUUACAGUGUAGCUGUAGAGCUAAUAUGUUCGAGAAAAUAAGUUAAAAUAAAAUAAAAAUAUGCUAUAUUACAAUUCCAAUAGUCCUCAGUACUCCAUGGCUGGGCUUGUUGUUCCCAAUCAGUAACAAUUCAUGGAGGGAUAGGAUCACUGCUAUCAUCCUUCUGCGGGAAAAAGAAAAAAGAAAAACAGGCUGAGCAAUGUAUAGAGAGAAUUGGCCAGUAAUCGAGCAUUUGCAUGGAUAUUACUCUGAGCUGAUACUCAGUAAAUGCUAUCAAUAGAUAUAAAUUGACGGUGAAAUCAAAAUUCUACUAGUGUUACUUGAUACUGAUAUUUCGCUAAGUUUGUUGUUUUACAUAUUAAAUCAUUUCAGACAAUCAGUUCAUAGAUGAUAUGAUUGCCUUUCACAACGAGCUUCGCUCCGUGCACUUUUCGCCACCAGUUCAAAACAAUACAAACAUGUCUAUCGCGGCCAAGGAGUGGGCUUUGAAACUGGCUGCCGAGAAAGAUCUUCGACAUGCAUCCAUCGAGGAGGGAUUAGGAAAAGGAGAAGGCGAGAACCUGGCUAUGGGAUGCAUAGAGGGUGAAGGAGAUGGAAUAACUGCAAGAGAAGCUAUUGCCAAAUGGUAUGAUGUGCAUUACAGUAUAAUUUAACCGACAGAAAGGACACUUGAGUCUUACAGCCAAUAACAUCACGGCAAAAGUGACCAAUCAGUUUAUACAAACCGGACCGAGAGCAUUCGACUGACAACAACCGUUAACUUCACUUCGAUGAUAACUUCCGCUCAGGUUGUCGAAACGUCAGUCACCACUACCGACAACAGUCCUUCUCAGGACUACACUCACCCGGACGAUCAAACUACAUUAUUACAGGACUCUUCAAUCCGACAUACUCAACUACUUUAUCAAACAACUUGUAAUAUUCUUAAUAAGGAGCGGAUCCUAAAGGCAGUACAGUAAUUAUCCUCAAUAAACCUACUUAAGCUCACUACACUCUAGAUCUUAGCUUAGCACUGACACAAACUCACACUUUUCUCCAAAGUUCCUCGAAAUGAACAAUCAAUGACAGUAAUUCUCUCUCUUUACAGCUUUCCAAACAAUCGAUCACUCCCGACAACAACGACUACAACUACUACACGACUGAGUCGUUGUGUUCAUUUACAAAGUAUUUAAUAACUUUAAUAAUAAUAAUAAUUUAGUAAUUAUAACAGAUUGAUUGACUUGAUUGAGUGAUAAAUUGACUGCCCUUUUGCGUACCUGUAUGCCUUCAGGAUUCGUGCCUAAAUGACUUGCUAACUGACCAAUCGCUGUCUGACUGGUUUGGCUGGCGAGAUAUGCAUCGACCGAUUAACAUUUACUUGCCCGUCUACCCAUGACUGACUGGUUUACUUAAUGGGUUUUCGGUUCACUGGCCGACUGAACGACCGACUGACUGACUGACUGACUGACUGGCCGAAUAACAGGCUGAGUGGCUGAGUGACUGACUGGUGAUUGAUUAACCGACUGAAUAGCUCACUGGCUAACUGAAUGACUGUUCAGUAAACUGACUCACUGACCGAUUGACCAGCCAACUGACUAUCCUGACGAACAGUGACUGAUUGAUUAGCUGCCAGACAGGUGGAUCAGGUGAACGGCAGGAUGGUUGAAGGAAUAGCUACUAUUUCAAUCACCUGACUGAUUAAAAAUUUUUUUAACGACAUAUUAGUUUAUUGAUGAUGAUAUGAUUGAUGGACUAAUAGUUUUAUUGACCAAAUAAUUUUUGAUUGAUUCAUAAGGUACGAUGAGGCUUGCUGCCAUAACUUCUCGUUGCCUACUUUCGGUGGAGUAUCUUCGCAUUUUGCUCAGCUUGUAUGGAAAGCGACAGAAGAGAUUGGUGUUGGAAGAGCAUUUGGUACCAAGUGGGGAAUGAACUGUUCUUUUAUUGUAGUUCGUUAUAAACCGAAAAGUAACAAUAAAGUGGGCGCAAAAGAAAACAUAGAAAUUGGUACCUUUGACCCAGUUGCUUACAAUUGUAGUGCAGUGGAAUGCAAGGAAGACGCUCAAAGACAAGCCACACCGAGUCAGGACAACUACCAACAAGAUAAAAAUGUACCAUACCGAAAAGAGAAUCAGAAUAAGCCACAAAGGUUUAGUGAUUUUGAUAAACAAAGUCUUCAUGGAUUAAGCAAGUUUGAAGGCAACCAUGGUUCCCAUGGUUACAGCACAACCCCUGGUUAUUACCCUAAGAACCAGGAAAAUGUUGACAGAGGUCACGGAGUCAAUAGUCAAUAUUUGUCAACAGAUCCCAGCAGAGAUAGGCCCAGAGCAUUCAUUACUAGAGCUCAUCUGUCUAAAGACUCUUUGAUUAAAAUUUUGUAAAUAACAUGCACUUCCUCCCUCCCCAAUUAUAAGUUGGGGAAAGCUUAUUACGUUCUCUUAUAUUGGACCAUUCCAAAGAGGAAUUUAAAUGCAGCAAAAAAGGUGAAAACUUUCUUUAACAUCUUUGUUACUAUACGACGUUAAUACUUGAACAAUAUUACUUGACAACUGCAUAAUUUGAGUCGAUUUUAGGAGAAAAUUGUAAGGAACUUUUCAUAAUAUAGCACCAUGCUGGUGUUAAUGAAAGAACAGUUUAAUAAUUUUCUAUAUAUGAUGGUGGACUUGUCAUUGAAUCCAUUAAUUAUAUUUUUAAUCAAGUUAGAUCUACAUCUUAUCCUGACCAGUUCCUUGCAUUCAAGAAAACUAUGCGAAAAGACAUAGAUAAUGAAAUAAAGAGG